CCAGUAGCGGCCCAGGGAUGCCUCUUUAGAGCAGGAUACAUUAUCACUGCAGGACCGGGAAGCGUGCCGUCUGCAGUCCACUUCAGGGCCUCCUUUCAGGAAUAUGCAUAUAUAACCCUUUGACAGCUACGUUUAGAAAGAUGCCAGCCUUGAAGGAGAUGCUGGUUUUACCAGUCUUCCUAGCCAUCUUCGGAUUGACAACAUGCCAAGAAUUGCCAAGUUUUGACCUGCUGGAGGAGUUGCGGGUGUCUGAGUCCAGAGGAGUGAUGAGGGUGAACGGCUCUGAAGCUGAUGCUGUGGCGUACCGGGUCAACCCCGCCAUCCACCUACGCAAGUCCAUGAGGGACAUCCUCCCAGACGGCCUGCCCUCAGACUACUCCAUCAUCGCCACCUUCAAGGUCACCCUGGACGCGGCCAGGCGCUCCUGGAACCUGUGGCAGGUCAGCGACCCCCAGGGGCGGGACCAGGUGGGCCUGCGCUUCCACGACGACACCCGCUCCCUCGACUUCUUCUACAGUGGGCCGCGGGGGAGCCAGAUGCUGCGCACGUUCCGCGGCGUGGAGAAGCUGUUUGACGGCGAGUGGCACAAGCUGGCGCUGAGCGUGAAGGGCGGGGAGGUGCGCCUGCUGGUGGACUGCCAGGAGGUCAGCGUGGAAGCUAUCGACGAACCCAGGCCUGUCAUACGCCAGGGCUUCACGUCCAUCGUGAAGCGCGCGGCCGGACAACGCACUCCGUCGGUGGACCUUCAGCAGAUGGAUGUGUCAUGUGACCCAGAGCAGGCCUACUCAGAGGGCUGCUGUGAGCUCUCCAGCGUGUGUGGGGGCUAUGCUGAGAUUGGGCUGACCGCAGGCAGAGCCACCUGUAAGUGUAUGAAUGGCCAGCCUGGUGUCCAGGGACCUUCAGGAUCCAAGGGCCACAGAGGUCUCCCCGGCAACACUGGAGAGCCAGGAAAACUGGGGAACUGGGGCAUCAUGGGGAACACAGGGGACUAUGGUCACGUUGGAGAGACAGGCCCUAAGGGCGAGGAGGGGAUCAGAGGAGAUAAAGGAAUGAGAGGACUGCGAGGCCGAGUGGGCGACAGGGGUCCUAAAGGUCUGAAGGGAUUACAGGGAGCAGGAGGCUUUAAGGGAGUUCGGGGGUCACCUGGAGAUUUGGGUUUGACCGGCGAGCAAGGAGAACUGGGGGCGAGAGGUGAACCAGGAUAUGAAGGGAUCCCUGGAUACCAGGGAGUGAAGGGGGCGGACGGGAGACCAGGAUCUGAGGGCCCCCUGGGGCCAGAAGGGAAGCAGGGUGUUGUUGGUGAUCCUGGAGAUAGAGGAGCAGCUGGAGAGAAAGGGAAACCUGGUAUCCAAGGGAAGACGGGCAGAUUCGGCACAGUAGGACAGAAGGGCAUCAUAGGGGACCCAGGACUGCCAGGCAGAGAUGGAGACCCAGGGAUAGAGGCUUAUCAGGGGCCACAGGGACCAGAUGGUCGAGGAGGACAGUUAGGAGUCAAGGGGGAGAAAGGAACCCAGGGGUCUCCAGGAGAGAUGGGCCCACCAGGAAGACAAGGCCUUAGGGGAUUCAAGGGCUCAGCCGCCAAACCAGGAAGACCCGGGUUAAUAGGACCACCAGGACCAGUAGGGCAUGUGGGCGUUCCAGGCAGACCAGGACUGAAGGGAGACACAGGCAUCCAGGGAUUCCAAGGUGCCAAAGGAGCCACGGGAGAACAGGGAAAGAAGGGUCCCAAAGGAGUGGUGGGAGGACUGGGGGAGCGAGGUCCCCAGGGAGUCCGUGGGAAGCGAGGCCCAGCAGGAGAGGCUGGUCGUAAAGGCCCAGUGGGAGUGAAGGGUGUCCGGGGAGACGGGGGCCUGGCCGGCUUCCAGGGACCUCCAGGACCUCCGGGUCCCACCUUGCCCGCCCAGCACGUCAUCGAGGUGUGCAAGCGCGUGGUGCUGGAGCAGAUGUCCACCUUCGCUAACUCUGUGAAGAGGACGUGUGCUGCCGUGUGCCCCCUGUAUGGGGACGUGCCCAUGGGUGCCCCCGGACCCUCAGGACAGAAGGGGCCCCCAGGACCCCAGGGAGAUCCAGGUAUUGAUGGAGUGGAUGGAGAAUUGGGACAGCAAGGCUUCUAUGGAGAGCCUGGAGACUUAGGCAAACAAGGGAAAAGAGGGGAUGGAGGGGCGCAGGGAGACAAGGGCGCCAAAGGUCACGGCGUGCCUGGAUACAUGGGAGACCAGGGGCCCAAGGGUCAGUGUGGUCGUCCAGGCAGGUCCUUCAACGGGCGACCUGGUCGCCAAGGAGACAGGGGUCACGGGGGUCGUCCAGGUCUGAGAGGUCACCCUGGUCUGAGGGGAGUACCAGGCAUCUGUCUGACCUCUGGCUGCGCUCUGCUGGACGCCGCGGCCAACACAGGCCCCCCCCAGAGCCCCCAGAUCCCACAGACCCCCCGGAGGUUGGGGCGACGCCCCUAGAGACACAGUAAACAGGAAACAGGAAGUAGGAAGCUGUGGAUAACAUCGGUCCUACUGAUUGGAUGUUGAGCAAAAAUAGGAGGGGUUAGGGGAGAAGGAGGGAGGGCUAGUGGGAGAGGGAGGGCCUGAGGAGUUCUGGUUUGUUAAUAAAUGUAUGUACGUGGUCAGAUCAAAUGUUUCAAUGUAAAUAUGCAUUCAAUGUCCAUCCCUGAAACACUGACACCAAGGCAACGUUUGACCUGAUUUGAAAUGUGUUCGGAAAUGCUUGUUUUUGGCAAAUAAAUAACAUUUCAUAUACCCAUAGUAUAAUGUAUAAAAUUGACAAUCUCUGUUUGACACAUUUUAUUUAAACUGAUCUCAUAUGAGUCCAAGAUGUCUUCGAAUCUCACUGUUCUUUGUAAUAAAAGUCCAGAAAA